GGCGCCUUCCGGGCCGACCUGCUUCUCUGAUUGGCUGCCUGGAGGGGGAGGAGGGGCGUGUUGUGGCUCCGCCCCCUUUCCUGAGGGGACGGGCAGAGCGCCUGCCGGGCGUCGGCAUGGAGGGCUCGGUGUCCAGUGUGGAGGUCUGUAACCUGGCCUACACGGGGCAGCUGGAGUUGCUGCAGGACCGGCUGAGGGAGGACCGCGGCCUGGCUACGCGCAGCGACCAGGAUCGCAGAACAGCGCUGCACUGGGCAUGCUCAGCGGGACAGACGGACGUCGUGCAUUUCUUGUUAGGCCUGGGCGUGCCUGUCAAUGACAAGGACGACGCUAGCUGGACUCCUCUCCAUAUUGCAGCUUCAGCGGGCCAUGAUGAAAUUGUGAAAGCUCUGAUUGGAAAAGGUGCUCAGGUGAAUGAUAUUAAUCAAAAUGGCUGCACACCUCUGCAUUAUGCAGCCUCCAGAAAUAGACAAGAGAUUGCAGUUAUGCUGUUACAGAAUAGAGCUGAUCCUGACGCAACAGACCACUUUGAAUCCACUCCAUUACAUAGAGCAGCAGCUAAAGGAAACCUAAAAAUGAUUCAGAUCCUGCUGCAGUACAAAGCGUCUGUGAAUAUGCAGGACUCUGAAGGGAACACAGCUCUCCAUUUAGCCUGUGAUGAAGAGAGAGUGGAUGAGGCAAAGCUGUUGGUGUCCCAUGGUGCAAGUAUUUACAUUGAGAACAAAGAAGAAAAGACCCCAUUGAAAGUGUCAAAAGCUGGCCAGAAAAUGGAAUUGAAGUUCUGUGUAAAACUUCCAUAGAACUACAAUGUUUUAGGUGUUUCCAAAACACAAUAUGCUUCUUGGAAUCCCUGACUGCCCACCCAGAUGAGUUACCGAGGAGCUGGGGAUCCCAGGACAUACAGGCUGCUGGCUUCUUAGCAGCCCACCUGAUGGGGAUCGCAGGGAGCUCAUUUUGGUAGCUCUGGAAGCCAAAAUUCAAGGUCAGUUUGCCUGGCAGGCUGCAGUGGAGCUGGGACUUCAGAAAACAGUCCUCAAAAAAAAAAAAAAAAAAAUUCUGUUGGAAAAUUUCCAAUCAGUUCUGCAUCUUGUAAAGGAGCUGGUGUUUUUUUUCCUUUUUUCUUCUUGGUAUUUAUAUUACACAGUUGUUUUUUUCAGUUUAAUCCAAUUCGUAUUUCACUUCAGACCACUCUAAACUAUUCCUCUCCCUCCUUGUUAUCUACAUGACCAUUUCAACUGUUUCUAGAAGUUAAUUCUAUUUGCCACCCCUUUCAUUCGUCAGACCCCCUUUUGGCAUAGCUAUGAAUACUUCACUCUCAAUACGUCCUUAUUGCCUGGUCUGUCUGGCCCUCUAGUCUGUGAUGUUCUCUUCAGUUUGUCAAACACUUCCUGGGUCUGAGAUGAUCAAACUGUGUCUACUAAUGUACGUGCAGACUCGCUAAUGCCCCCUAAGAGACACUGUCAUCUAAUUACAUUGCUUUCUGCUGGCCCUGUAUGUCUCGCUGCAAGCUCCCAUCUAAUUUUACUGUCUGCUAUCAUCAUGUGCCUUUAUUUAAUAUCCCAGCUUUUAAGAGGUGUUGUGCCGAUUGAAUAUCUGUGUUCUGGAUUUUUUCCUCGAGAUGUACUAGCUCCAAUCUCAUUGCAGUUCCUUCUUUAGCUGUCAAUGCUGGUGAUUUGGUGCAUCCCACUGUGUAAUAUUAUCUCUGACAUUUAAUGUGCAGUUUACCUUUUUAAUAUCAAUAGUCCAGGGCACCCUUUAUUUACCAGCAGCAACUUCUGCUUCCUUAGUUAUAGGAAGAUAAAACUGUUGUAUGACUGAAAGACGUGGUGUUCAUGGGCAUGUACUGGUUUUUGUACUAAUAGUCUUGUAGGUGAUAAUUGUAACAAAAGUUCCAAGCAGUGCCCUGAGGUUGCAUCCCUAUAGUGAGAGUUAUCACUUUACUUAGCUUUCUUUGAAUUUUCCCUGCUGUGAUUAUAUGGCUAUAAAGCACCUUCCAGCAGAAGCUCCUUCUAGUCCCAUGAACACUUAUGAAAUAAAACUGGUCUUUCUGGAAACCAGUUCUUCUGGAAAGUCCUCCUCUUCCUAGGAGGACCACAGCAGUGCACAUUCAUAACUUGGAGCUGAACUCUUUUGGAAUAGGAACACUUCUUCGAGGUCAAACUGUCACCAUUCCAUUAAUUCCUUGUCUUUUCUGUUUGGGGGGCAGAGGGGCCUCAGACUUAGCUGGGAGUUAGCUUUGACUCAGAUGAAAAGAAACUUUCAUGGCAAGACAAUUUCCAGUAAUUUCAUAUUCCUAAAUACGAACUUUCAGAGUAGUGGGAGAGUAGCGUAUCCUCCUCACAUUCUCCUUUCUUGGGGCGUCUGAGUUGCAUAAAGUUAUAUUCAUAGGCUAUGAAUAGAUAGUACUUUUUACUGUGAAUGAAUUCCAUGCUGUCCCCUCCCUUCUGGACCAUUCUUUAUCAGAGGAGUAAACCAAUGAAGUGAUGCAGUCCUGUGGCCUUGUCUGCUAACCAAGCAUUCGAUGGUUUCCUCCUCCUCUCCUUGGCAGUGUCCUAUGUCUUACGUUUGUGCUGAUGAACACUGAAUGGGUAUUAGAAAACCUUUUUUACGUGACCAAUACGUUCAGUUUGUUGUUAUUCCUGAACAGAGUUGACAUUGCUCCUACGCCGCUUUAGGAAGCGUAUGAUUAACAUAAUUCACUGAUGGCAAAAGCAUCUCGGCAUCAGGGAAGUACAGAAUUGAGAACACAGGACUUAGCAGCAAGGAACUGUUUAACAGAUGACAGCGAGACUUCUUAGACACCCUUUCUGCCCCCCCCACCCCCGUUUUGGGUGGGUGGGGUUAGGGUGCUUAUUUAACUAAAUUCUGUUGUGAACAAUAUAAUAAGGUUUUGUAAUGGCAAACUUUAUUAAACUUAUAUGUAACAAAAGAAUCUGUAUCAUUAGCUAAAUCACUUAUGCACAUAAGUCAAAUAAAAGAACAAAUCAGUAAGCUGAAAUAUUGCCAGAGCUGAGAUGUGGGAGAGAGAGACUGCAUGUAAAUAGAAUCAGUCUAUCCUUCAGUUACAAGGAAAAGUCACAAUAAUAAAAAUUUUACAAUAUGACUGCUUCUGUAUAAGAGAGUAAAGAGAUUGCAGUUUCCUACCAACAAUUGUAAAGCAAACCAGAAAAUUGUAUCUAAACACUUCAUACAAAGUGAUCUCCACACUAGAAAAUAAAAUGCAGUUUUAAGUUUUCUUAGGAGAGAGUGGUAGGGUCCAAGCAAAACUUGCUCUCUAACAAUAAGCUGUUGAUAUGCAAAAUUGAUUGAUUGAGAGAGAAACCAAUGAUUUUGGCUAAGAUGCUUUUCAACCUGCAUCUCUUAAAUACUAAAUUCCAGGAACUUCCAGAAGUAAGAACUAUAACCUUCGUUCUUAUGUCCUAACCACUGUGUUGUCAGAGCUGUAUAAUAUUACUGCAAAGGGUUAUGAUAGAGAGAAAUAUAGAAUCAAACUAAAUCAGAAUGAUUACGUAUUCUAAAUCAUUGUAUAGAUUUUGGUGGUGAUAGGGUUAAGUAUUAAAAUGUCCAAGGUUUGAGCUUUCAGAUCAGUAAAGUAAUCUUUGGUUUGGGAUUUAUGUCAAUAAUGAAGUCUGUUACUCAUCUAUAAAUAUGAGUACCUUGCUGCAAGGAGUGAAAUUCUACUCUAAUGCCCCUAACACUGUUGUAGAGAGGAGUGAAGCCAGUGCGUCAUCAAAACGGUGCAGCUCCUAUGGGGAGAUGGGAUACAGUAGGACAGAAGGGAACAGAGACAGUAGGUUUAUAUUGCUUUGUCCCUGGCAGUAUUUCCAACAGGUGCUUAAUGCUGGUCAUUGCAACAACUACCCUUCUAUGCCCCUGUGUGGGGACAAGGGUGAAAGCAGAGAACCAAGCAUAGCAUAACUUGUGCGUCAGCCAUGCUACUAGGGGAGAGGGUAGUACUACGGCAAUCCUGAGCUGUAAAGGGGUGGGGAUGGAAUUCUGUAUGGCUACUUGGGAUCUAUUCAGGUCAAAGACAUUGCUGCAUUCCUGUCUGUCAGCCUAUGAAUUCUGCUUUCGCCAGGAGAUAAUGGCUAAGAGACAUUGUGUGACUUUUUAUGUGGAGCUUCCCUAGUGUGACGAAGUGGGAAUUUUCUGUAAUUUUAUGAAUCCUAGGCAUGCCUCAGUUUCCCUCUGUACAUUGCAUUGCUACCCAGUAGGUGCAAAGGGGGUAACCCUGCUCUGAAACAAUGCAGGAGUUGUCAGGGGUAGGGUAGCAGGGAAUUAAUUAAUUAAAAAAAAAAAACUAAACUGUCUUGACCUGACCCAAAUCAACAGAGGGACUGGAAGAAGGGGUCUUUUAGAGGGACUCAAGUGGCUGGACCAGAGAGGGCUCAUCAGGGCACUGGUUUGACUAGGAUAGACUGUUGCUUAACUGCUGCCUCUGUGUGCCAACAUAAGGACUCUCGGAUUCUCUGUGCCAGGUGAUGAUAAACUGUUACCUUGUUUGAAAAGGCUCCCUGUGUUGCUGUGAGCCUUGUGUCUUGAAGGGGCCGGCACAAGCCUCCCACCGGACUCUGGCUUGGUUGGAUUUGCUGCAGGGAGCCAAGGAGAAAGACGGGGAUUGCUGGUGCUGAGUCAUGGAGGCCAUGGACCUGCCUGUUUGGAACUGUGUAGGUCCUUGAGGCCUGGCCCAUUAAAGGGGUCACUCCCUGGAGACUGGUUACAGGCUGGGGCAUAGACCAGACCCUGUGACUCCAUGGUACCUAAUAAUGUUCCCCCAUCUCCCCAAAGAAGAUAGUUGGGUCUCACAAGAAAAAAUGUCUACGGCAUCAGAGCGAAGUUCUGAAAAAUAGCCUCCACCACUCAUGCAGCUCUUCAGGGGUUUCUGUGCUGUACAAACGUGAUUGAUUAUUUUUUAUUUAAUUUGCCAAGAUGUUCACGGAAAGCAAAAGCACAGUUAUAAUCCUACAUCAUCAUAACCCAUAUGGUUGAAGCCAGCUCAGUUGCAGUCAUAUCUGGGUGCAUCCCAAAAUGGUAAGAAACAUAUCAACCUCCCUUAGUAAAAAUACACCCACGUAAACUUACUUUGUCUGAAAAACCUCCCCCAUUUCCCCUUCCCCAAAGUCAAUCUAGCAUUCUGAUGAGCUGCAUUAGAAAAGCUGAUGUUAGGAAGUUAGCUUUUUAUAUUCGCUGAGAACUGCUGUCACACACUUUAUUUACAAUUAGUUUUACAUAGGUUACAGAUCCCAUUCAUAUUCAGCAAAUGUAUGACUAGUGGUAGUGCCAUGAAUAUUGAAAUGACCUGUAUUAUUGCAGAAAUCAUAGUAACCUCUUCUCAUUAUAAGGCCUUGUAACUUAAUAUACUAAGCUAUGUUAAGGAAAAAAAGCAAAGAGAUCAGGUGAAGAAAACCAAGAAGAGAUGUUAAUUUAUACGAUUACACAAUAUGCUUAUAAAAAUGAAGACCAUGCUAUUUUAUAGUGCCAAAGGGCAGUAGGUAGUUUUUUUAAAUGUCCAUAUCAAACCUGAAGACAUGAGAAAAUCAAUUAAAAAACAAACAAACAUGUAGCUAUAAACAAGGUCACUGAUAAAAUCACUUGUGUUUUGCAUGCUAAGAGAAGCAAAAUGCUACAUAGGGUUUGCCUAUUACAGUGGAAACAUUUUUACUAAUAAAGUUUAUACUACUGUUAGCUAGGUAGAGGGCUCCCUCUGUCUGGCAAUUCACUUGAAAUAUUUCAUUAGCAAACUUUUCAUCUGUGGUGAGGAAUGACAAUCAAUGAGCAGCUUGUACUGCCUCAUUACUUUUUUUUUCCCUAGUGAGAUUGUUUAGUAUUGUAGUUUUUGUCAUACUCACAAGGCAACUUCAAUAAGAUUAC